GGGCCCGAGCCAGCGUCUGCUCGACACAGCGCGGCCCCGGCACCAGCGUCUGGCGACGCCAAGACCCCGCCUUUCGGCUGCGCCAUGGCCAGGCACUCCUCUGCGCUGCUGCCCGCCCUGCUGGCGGCUGGGCUGGCCACGCUGGCGCUGCGGGGGUCCGUGUGCGCCUUCCUCCCCGCCCCGGACGCCGGCAGGCCCGCCACCGUGGCGGGGCUCUCCGCGGCGGUGGCGGCGGCGCUCGCGCCCCGAGCAGCGGUCGCCGAGCUGCCGCCCCUGGAGGACCUGCCCCUGGACGAGAUGUCGAAGACGCGCGAGUACGGCCCCUCCACGGACACGUUCUUGGGCGUCAGCUUCCCCGUGGCGCUCGGGGCGCUGCUGUUUGCCGUGAGCUGGGCGGCGUUCUGGGUCACGAACUCGAAGCCCGCCAAGGACGAGGAGGGCAUGUACAAGACCUACAUCGGCGGCGGCGAGCUGCCGCCAGAGGGCUACACCAACCCGCUGGACCCCCGCCUGAGCGAGGACUACAAGAUCGAGGACGAUGACACCCCGGCGGGCGAGAAGAAGGUCCUCAAGAAGCCCGCGAGCUCCGCCAUCGUCUGAGGGAGCAAGCUCGCGCGGAGCUCCCCCCUACGCAGCCCCCUACACUGGGGUCACGCAGGACCACGAUUGGGGCAUGUCGAUCUGGCUGCACAGUAUUUUUCACGGUCGCGGCGUCGAUCGGCGGAGUUUGAAGACGGUGAUGGCUCGAGUGCGGGGCCAUCACUGUACCACCGAUCGGCCCGAGGCUGUCCGAUUCUCGGCGCACAGGCGCCGCCUGCCAACCGUCCCGGUCGCGUGACACGUCGUAUCGCACUCGAUGUGGGGGCAUUCCAGAAAGCCUUCUUUCAGCCACGCGCACUGGGGGGUCGUGGGGGAGGUGGAAUGGCUUACCAGAAGCACCCCUGCUUCUUUGAAGGCGCGGGCCUUCUCUGUAGAUGUAUAGGGCCAGCGCCUGCCAAGAAACAGUUUUUGUCAAAAAAAGCCCUCCACCCUCCCUCCACCCCCUUGUUUGCGCCGCCACUUCUUGGCGGAGCUGCUUGGCAACUGUCGAAA